CCCUCGGGUGAACAGCGCGCGCUCAACUCACUGUCAACACCUCAAAUCGCAGCGCCAGAUGAAGCAGCCUCCAUACAUUCACUAACACAGGCUUUGCCUUGCCUAAAACCUGCUUCGACUGCAUUCUGCACAGAAUUACACAUUCGAUAGCGACAGUCGGAAAUUACAUUCACUAAAGCAUGGCUACCGUGUCCAUUUCUAGAGAGCGCGAUGAUGCUGAAAUCUCAGAUUCAUCCACGACAGAGGGACCUUCUCAGGAAGCACCUCAGAGUGAGAUCCCUGAGGUUUCGCUGUGUCCUCCAGACAGUGACAGCACAGAAUCUCAGAUGUGUCCGGUCAAGAUAGAGGAGAACCAAUCCGACAGCAGCAGUCCGUUCAAGUCUCACUCCUCUACUCAGCUCCACCGUCAAGUAUCGCAGGGCUCUGGCUAUCAUUCACCACAAAGCAAACGAUGCCCCUGCUGUGGCCACCAGCAGUCGAAUCAAAGCAAUGUCUGUCCAGGUCAAAUGAAUGCUUACCAUCAGGCAGACUGUUCAGCCAGUCCUGUUAAGACUGUCCAUAGCUGCAGUCCAUCACGCCACAAUAAAACACAGUGCCAUUGGCUUCAUGAAUCUCACGAUGGCAGUAACCACAAGCCUGUACAGCGUCACAUGGUGACAGUGAGUAGGAAUGAAGGCUUGCAUAGGAUACCAAGGAGCUAUUCCCAGGUCAUAGUUGAGUACCCGAUGACUGUACUCAUCUCAUGUAUGGUAGUUCUGUUUGCCUGUUCCCUUGCUGGGAUUUUGACUGGUCCUCUGCCAGACUUCUCUGACCCUUUGUUGGGAUUUGAACCUCGUGGAACAGACAUAAGUAUCCGGCUAGCAACGUGGAUGAGGUUACAGCAAAACACGGGACCUGGAAAAACACUGUCCCCAUUUCCAUGGCAACUCACAGAAAGAAUAGCAGGAGAAGACACAGUUAGAUCUGAACAGAAGUCAAGAGAACGAUCAAGGAGAAUGUUGCACAGAGAUUACACUGAGCAUAACUUUUUUUGUAAUGCCCCAGGAGAGCGCUAUGCUCAGCUGGUCUUCCGCUCUGGAAACUCUGCCAGUCUCUGGAGUCUAAAGGCAAUUUACUCCAUGUGCCAGAUGGAACAGUCACAGAUCCGUUCUGGGGCAAAAUUUGAUAAGUUUUGCCAGGUCAGAUCAGAGUUAUACGGAUCCAUGGUGAAGGAUAAUUGCUGUCCAAGUUGGUCUCUGGGAAACUACUUGGCUCUUCUUAACAACGUUUCUUCCUGCUUUAGUCUGACUGCACAGCAGGUAUCUGAAAGCCUUAGCCUCCUCAGAUUCUGUGCCCCUUACUACCAUGAUGGAAGCCUGGUUGCAUCAUGUACUGAAAGGAGUAAAUUUGGCCGCUGUGCAUCCGUUCCACACCGCUGUAAACUGUCAAGCAUCUUCCAGAUUCUCCAUUACCUUGUGGACAAAGACUUCCUGGGGCCACAGACUGUUGAAUACAAGGUUCCGUCCCUAAAAUAUAGCAUUGUAUUUCUACCAGUGGAAAAAGGAGAUCCACUAAUGAAAAUUUAUUUGGACCAUUUAGAGGGUCAUGAACUCACAUACAAUAACACCACCAUAACAGGAAUGGAUUUGGGAAUUAAACAAAAACUAUUCAAGUAUUACUUGGCACGGGACUCUGUCUAUCCUGUUCUUGCAGCUCUUUCACUUUUGUUCACAAUUGGAUUAUAUCUCAAAUCACUAUUUAUAGCAGCAAUGUCACUAGUUGCGGUCAUAUUAUCACUUUCCACCUCAUAUUUUUUCUACAAAGUUGCAUUUCGCUUGACAUUUUUUCCACUCCUCAAUCUUGCAUCAGUCUUUGUGCUUUUGGGAAGCUGUCUGAAUCAAGCCCUGACUUUUGUUGAUUUCUGGAAACUGCAGCUGAGCCAUAAUCCUCCAGCUGUCCCUGAAAAGAGAAUGAACCGGGUUUUACAGGAAAUAGGAUACUUGAUAUUAGUGUCGGGUCUGACAUCUAGCAUCACGUUUUACUCAGGCUACAUAAGCAGCAUCACCACCGUGAGAUGCUACGCUGUAUAUCUUGGCAGUGCCUCAUUAAUCAACACAUUAUUUGCUCUUGUUUGGCUUCCGUGCACCCUCAUUUUGCAAGAACGCUAUGCUGUGCUGUCUUCAAACCCUGUCGCGAAGGCAGCUUGGAAGCCCUGCUGCUCCAAAAAUACAGGUGGAUUCUGGGAGACAAGUUCAAGAAAGCGCUGUCUGUUUACCUUGAGACAGAAGCUUCGGACAUUAGGGCGAGGGUUUUCGGACACAUCUAACCUGCUUUUUUUAAAGAUCCUGCCUUGUGGAGUGGUGAAAUUCCGAUAUAUAUGGAUCUGCUGGUUUGCAGUGCUUGCAGCCGGUGGAACGUACAUAUCAUGCAUAGACCCUGGCAUGAAACUGCCAACUUCAGACAGCAGAACAACUCAGCUGUUCCGCUCCAGUCAUCCCUUUGAGAGAUAUGAUGCUGAAUAUCGCCACCAGUUCAUGUUUGAGCGAAUGAAACAGGGUGAAGAUGAACCCAUGACACUGACUCUAAUUUGGGGCGUCAUUCCAUCAGAUGAUGGUGACCACUUCGAUCCAAAAAGUAAUGGAUCUUUAGCUCUUGAUCCAGGAUUUAAUAUGAGCAGUCCCCAAGCCCAGCUGUGGUUGCGGGAUCUGUGUGGAAAAAUUCAAAAUCAGAGCUUCUAUUCUCCAUUAUCAGCUGACCAAGAAACAGUAGAAGACAAUGUGUGUUUUGUGGAACAAUUGAUUCACUGGGUUUCUAUACGUCGCUGUUCCGAAAGUGAGGACGCGUUUAGCUUCUGCUGCAAUAAUAUUCCCUUUCCUUACCCGCCAAGUGUUUUCGAGCAGUGCCUUAGCAUGAUGGAGGCAGAGAAGCAUGCAGAAGGGCACUCACCCAGUGCCGGAGGCCUAAGGUUUGACUCAGAGGGUCGAAUCACUGCCCUUGUUGUAAUAUUCAAGACUGUGCAACUUUAUAGCUUCAACUUCAGCAGAAUGUCUCAGUUCUACCGAGAGAUCUUAUCAUGGUUUAAUGGGGAAAUCUCCAAGGCUCCAGUGGGACUGCAGAAAGGUUGGUUUGUAAGUCAACUAGGAUUAUAUGACCUCCAGCAAUGCCUAAGUUCAGAGACUUUGGAGGUGGCAGGCUUUUCAGUAGCUCUCACAUUUGCACUACUCUUACUGACGACAUGGAAUAUUCCAUUAAGUGUCUACGUGUCCGUUGCGGUGGGAGGAAGUGUGUUUGCUACUGUUGGCCUCCUUGUGCUUUUAGAAUGGCAGUUAAAUGGUGUGGAAGCACUCUUCAUUUCAGCAGCUGCAGGCCUUUCUGUUGACUUUGUGGCCAAUUAUUGCAUUUCAUACAGCCUGGCCCCACACAAUGACCGACUGGGCAGGGUUGCACAUUCCCUGAAGAGAAUGGGUUGCCCGGUAGCUACUGGUGCUGGGGCGUAUUUUUGCGUGGGUAUUAUUAUGCUACCCGCAACUGCAUUGCUUUUUAGAAAGCUUGGGAUAUUUCUUUUGCUUGUGAAGUGCGUUGCAUGCGGCUUUGCCACUUUCUUCUUCCAGUCGCUGUGCUGCUUCUUUGGACCCCAGAAGAACUGCGGGAGAAUAACCCUACCUUGCGUUACAAAGCAAGCCACUGAAAAUAUACUGUCGUCCUGUUCGGCUACAGAACCUGGGACCACCAAUCCGGCAGCUAAUGGGGCAUUUGGCUGUGGCACGGGUUCUCGGGUUCGAAGAAGUUGUAAUAAAGAAAGCGAAGGCUUUCUUUGCCCCAAUCAGCAACACCAUAGAAAGCGGCAACCAGUCGGUGGAAGGGAGCCAGAACAGUAUGAACUGCAGCCACUUGCUUGCCAACUGAGCGACAGUUUUGAGAAUAGCACUUGCACCAGCAAGCUGUCCAACAGGCCUUCUGUCCUUUCUGAUGACAUUCAGUUCUGUGGCCUUAGUCCAAGGCGAGACUAUGAUCGAGUCAGCAUUGAGGCUGACAGCGCAGAAAUGUGUAGCAGGCACCUUAAAGGUUGCAACCCACCUCCAGCACUCCAGACCUCAUCUCCGUACAAAGAGAACAUGUUGCGUCCUGUGGUUGCCCCUUCACAAGAUGCAUCUAAGGAGAAGGUUUUGUGCAAGAAAUGUCGAGACCAGUCGAGCGGCGGCCUUCAACUUUGGAACGUGUCUUUGUCGUCUUCCUCUAGCAUGGAAGAGAUCACGAUCACUCAGACUACAGACACUGUCAAUGAAAGGUCACUUUCAAUAGAUGAAGCCACAAGCUGUCAUCUACACAAACGGCUUUUCUCAUGUCAGUCUCAGAGCUCCAUGGAGGGACUCGAAGACUCCAAUGAGACCUGCUUAAGUGAGGUAGAACCUGCUAUCUUAGUCCCUCAAGCUGUUAAGAUAGAAGAGGAGUUACAACCUGGCCACCUAAAUGGCAAGAGGGACACUUUACGUCUGUCCUUGAAGGAGACUGUAUAUGACCUUGCCUCCCCGGGGUCUGGCAGGUUGAGGACAACACAAAGUGAUGUGCCAGUGAUACUGCCCAACAGCAAACCUGAUAUGCCCGAUGUAUGGAUAAAAAGGGAGGGAAAAGGUGAAGGUGGCAGCUGAUCAAUAUUGUCAACACACUGAGCAAAUCUAAACAACCACAGCAUGGCCAGUACUUUAUAUGGUGGGCUUAACUUUUAUACUCAGCAGCAUAUUAUUACUUUUCUGAAUCUGUCUGCAAAUGCAUACCAGAUAAAAAAAAGACCAGUUAAUUGUUUGGAACUAUACACAGUGCUUAUAAAAAAUUGAAGAGGACUGUUUUUUUUAGCAUGAUUCCUUGCAUGUCAUGUAAAUAUACACUGAAUGUGCACCCACAAUAGCCUUUGAAAAAGCCUAUCAUCAGGGGCCUUGAACUGCAAACUUACUAACACUUAAUUGUGCCUGAUCUUUUAAACAACCAAGCCAUGAGCUUUUUAACUAAACUCCAUAAUUUUGC